GAUCAUUGCAGUGGUUUGUAUAGACAAAUUAUUAAAUAUCAGAUUCUCUAUAGAAUUUCAUUUCCGGGAGUAAAAUGGUUGCGAAAAAAACGUAUAAUCUCUACGACAGAAAAUACUUGAGGAAAACCGGUCCCAGUGACUGGAGGAGCAGUAUGCUUGGACAGGAAAGUCCAAGCAUAAGAGAGGCCGGGACUUUUUUAAAUAAGAAAUUUAUUGGUAACCUAUACAGUAUAUGUACAGUAUGUUUCAGUCUUAUCGUCAGUCUCACUGCAGCUGUCCAUUAGGUUAAACUACCUUAGUUUGUGUUUAGAUAAUAAUUUAGGUUUAUUUAUCAGCUAGAUUUAACAUUAUGAACACUGUCUAGCACAAAAAUAAAAAUGUCUGACAACUUAUGAUAUGAAAAGACAUAUCUAAAAGUCUUUGAUAUUCAAAAAUGUGCCACCUGCUUACAAAACCUCUGACAGGAAAGGGUAUUGUGAUAAUUUUUAUGUAAGCUGAUCAUUGUGGUCACAACUAAGCUUGAGUUCAAGGAGGAAGUUAAGUUGUUUUCGUCAGCUGCAUCUUCAUUAUGCAAGCAGAGCCUCAGAAAAGAGAAGGGCUAAACUGAUUUGGACCUGGAAGACAAGAUGAAUACAUCCACCUGCACUCCACUCAAUAAGAAAUUAUUUGAACAUACAAUCCUGCCUGCUCUCUACAUCUUGGUGUUUGUUGUUGGAUUGGUCCUGAAUGUAUGGGGAAUGAAGUCUCUGUUGCACAACUGGAAGAAACUUCGGAGUAUUAACAUUCUUGUUCUCAACCUUGGACUAGCAGACAUGUUGUAUUUGCUGAAUCUCCCUUUUCUCGUCAUGUACUACCUUCAAGGAAACAAAUGGAUCUUUGGAGAUGAAUUCUGCAAGGUAACAAGAUUCUGCUACAACCUGAAUUUAUACGGCAGCAUCGGGUUCCUCACCUGCAUAAGUGUGUACCGGUACCUGGCUGUUGUCCAUCCAAUGAGAGUGAUGGGAAAAUUAACUACGACUCACUCUGUGGUCAUCUCGGUAAUUAUUUGGAUUCUGGUGAGUGUUCAGAGUCUUCCAGACAUGUUCUUCCCAAAAACAUAUCCAAACGGAUCAAAGUGCUUUGACACCACCUCUUAUGAACAUAUUGAGAGUUACCUGGAUUACACCAUCGCAUGGACAUUUGUUGGAUUCUGCAUCCCUUUUGUCACCAUCGUAGGUUGCUAUGGACAUGUGACUGUUGUUAUCUGCCGCUCAAAUAUGAUGAAAAAAGACCAGAAACGACAAAUCUUAAAACUGAUGGCUCUAGUGAUUCUUCUGUUCUCGCUUUGUUAUGCGCCAUACCAUAUUUUCAAGAACCUCAGCCUGUAUUCCAGAGUUCUGAUUAGUCAGACGACAUGCCCAGAAUGGGAUUCUGCAGUCUUUAUUGCCCACCAGGUGACCCGUGGUCUUGUGAGCCUACACAAUGCUCUUAACCCGCUGGUUUACCUGUGUCUAUAUGAGGAAAUGGUUUCUCAAUUCCGGCAGCUGCUGAGGGGGGGGCACCAGAUUUUCAGUCGUUGUUUCAAGUCGAAAUCCAGCUCUGUGCCGGUAUCACAGACUGCGCAAGAAGCUGGAAGUGAUUUAUGACACAAGUAAUGUUUUGUCAUGAGUUAAAUUGUAACAAAUAAUGUGAUUUUGUUGAGGUAAAUUGAGAUCAUCACAUUUCCCCAUGCUGGACAUUUUGGUUAAGCAGUAACAAUACAUGAAAUUACCUGUAAAAUUAAUCAUCUAAAGCAGGGGUCUCAAACUCCAGUCCUCGAGGGCUGCAGACCUACAGUUUUUAGAUGUGCCACAGGUACAAAACACUGGAAUGAAAUGGCUUAAUUACCUCCUCCUUGUGUAGAUCAGUUCUCCGAGCCUUGCUAAUGACCUAAUUGUUCUAUUCAGGUGUGGUGCAGCAGAGGCACAUCUAAAAGUUGCAGGACUGCGGCCCUCAAGGAUUGGAGUUUGAGACCCCUGAUCUAAAGUAACAUCUAGACCUACCAUAGAAUAGAACUUCAAUAAGAUCAAUAUGGUUGUGCUUUUCUGUUUUGUUUCAUGAAAACUUUGCUUUAAUUCUAUUUCUUUUUGUAUUUCAUCAUAAAAAAAUAGGCAGAGAGAGAGUGCUGUCAAGCCAUGAAAAAGAACAGCAGACUUCCUGAAAAAAUAGGAAGUAAGUUUCCAUCCUGCAGAAAGUUUUAAAGAAUGAAGUCUUAACACUUUAAGUAAUUGAAUUAAUAUUUGUAUUAAUGUUGUUUUGAUGCUGAAUUGGAGAAUCUAAAGAGGUUAUGGAUGUGAUUUUGACAAUGAAUGUGAAAUGAUGUAAAAUAUUUAACUGCAAUCAAAGAUCACUGAUAUGUGUUGGAGGAAGAUACUACAUGAAAGGUUAGGAAAAGGAGAAUCAGUAAAAAUCAUGUUUAAUGUGUUUGCGAAUCAGAAAUGACUUGUAACCUCAGUAAAGUUGAUCAGAGCUUAA